AUGACCUCCAUCACCUCACCGUUGAAUAUGGCUCACCAGCACGCGGCCAACGCGGACGAUUACGUCGCCCAAGGCCUACUCAUACCUGCAGCCGAAGAGCAUUACAAAGCUGCAGAGGCAUUUCUUGCCUGCAUAGAAACCGCAAGUGAUGAAAAUACAAAACGGACCUUGAGAAUGCUAUAUAAUGACCACUCCAAAGCAGGGAAAGAGUUACAAAGAAGGAUCUCCAAACUCCGUGAAGAGAACAAGGAUCCAAGCCUGCCACAGAAGCACACAACCUCCACAUCCAACACUGUCAGCAUCGCGCUUCCUCUCUUGACACCGCCACCACCACCCUCACCACCACCUCACGCACGCAACCAAAUGUCAGAUUCGCAACAGGCUGCAGACGAAUCAUUCAUGCUUCUAGGACAACGGAGCGAUUCAGGAGAUCCAUUCAAUCAAUUCUGGAAAAUUACCGAGGGAAUGUUGGACUAUUUGUCUCAACCGGUCGCAUUUGCAACGGCUCCUCUCGCGCCUACUCCCCAACCACAGAAUUCGAGCCACCGGGAUGCCAGCUCUGGCAGCGAUACCGACAUAGAGGCUCCCGUCUCGAAAACGAUGUCUCGCGGCAUUGGUCUUGUGAAAGCAGCACGAUCCAGAGUACUGGCAUAUCAUUCCUCCAAUACUUCUGACUCCGAUAGUAUUCAUGCUGCUGGGCCCAGCACAUUCCCUCCUAGGCCACAGAUUAUAUUCACAGGAGACGCACGAGACAAUUGGGAUGAUGACGUACAGGGCUAUGAUGAUGAUGACAUGGCAGAUUCCUUCUGCCUGAUACCUAGCAAGUCGGACUCCUUGGCUACUCAACUGAGGAAGGAGAAUGAUAUGUUCAGAGUUGAUCUGGAAGACAUGCGGAAGAAACUGGCGUCAGCUGAGGGAAUGUUGAAGAUGCGACAAGAACAAGAUCAACAACUACGUGAUAGUAUAUUGCUGGCACGCAAAGAGGCUCAUCGAGCGAUGAUAUCUUCGACCAUGGCACCACGGCAGCCUCAAUCUCAGCCUCAACCUCCGACAGUCGACCUAGCAUCUCUGAACAUCAGUGUGUCACCUGUACCAUUGGGCCCCGUCAAUCCGGUUAACCCAGCUCGUGAACGGGAGUCACAGCUCGUCCGAAGAGUACGAGAGCUGGAAGAAGACGUGCGCGUACUGAGAGUGGAAAAUGAAAAACAGAAAGCAAUGAUCGUACGAUUUCGUGAACGGUGGGAGAAACUCAAAGAGUCUGCGAAACGGAAAAAGCAGGCAAAGGCAGCUACUGAAGCAACGAAUAUCGUGGAUGAGCGCAUUGAAGAGGAUCCAGAAGCUGAGGCAGAGGCAGAGAGGAAUGAUAUGCGACAAUGA